AUGGUGCGGACGAAGGCGGAGUGCGGCGGGGCUUACCGCAAAGUGCUGGCCGCCCGGGCUCCCCGGAAGGUGCUGGGCUCCAGCAGCAUCAACGCGGGACCGUCGGCGGUGGCCAAGAGAGGCGAGGGCCGCCGUGUCGGGGGGAACCCGGUGUGCGUGAGGCCCGUCCCCGCCUGGCAGAGGGGCAUCGGCGAGUUCCUGCAGCUGCCGCAGAAGGAGAACCGGGCGCCCGGCGGAGAGGCGGCGGGGAGCAGCGGCCCGGGGCCGGCCGCCAAAAAGUAG